UGGUACUCAGUGGAAAAGAAAACUGUGCGUAAAAGUGGCCAGUGUGAUUUGCAGAGGGCGCGUACUGCUCUGGAUCCCCUGUGUUUGACUGUAUGAGGUGUGCUGUUGUUGUUGCUGCUGCUGUUGCUGCUGCUGCUACUGCAGGAUGACAGGGAGCGGGGAAGGUGCCUUGCUUCACGGCUGCAGGCAGAGAUGGCGCCCUGAUGCCGGUGAAUAAGCAGAAAAACAGAGCAGAGGGAGGGACAAGGGAUGCUGCAUCAUUCAGAGCAUCACAUGGCAGCAGAUGAUGACAACGCUCUGUGGAUCUUCACGGAUGUUUAUUGUCCUUUGUUUUCCUUCUGCAUGAGAUUUGGAGCAGCAGUGUGAACCUGACAGGCGAGGCGGUGGUGGGGGUUUGUUGUCUGCCUGCUUUCUCCCUCCUCCUGCGGGGCUCUCUGCUCAUCCGACGCAGGGAGGAGAGGGCAGCAGCAGCAGCAGCAGAGGGAGGGAGCGCAGGGGCGAUGGCCGCCGGUGGAGCGGGAUGCGGCGGCGACACGGUGGAGGAGUGCCGGGUCGAGGUGGAGCGCCUGACCCGGGAGCUGGCGGAGGCCAACCGCGAGAAGAUCCGGGCGGCGGAGUGCGGGCUGGUAGUUCUGGAGGAGAACCAGAGGCUGAAGCAGCAGUACUCGGAGCUGGAGGCCGAGCAGGAGGCGCUGAGGCUGGAGCUGGAGCAGCUGCAGGAGGUGGGAUCAGCAGGGGCCUUUGGUCAUGCUUACUCCAUCCAGCGCAAGGUGGCCGAGGAUGGGGAGACCAACGAGGAGACGCUGCUGCAGGAGUCCGCCACCAAGGAGGCCUUCUACAUGGGCCGCCUCAUGGAGCUGCAGUCGGAGUUGAAGCAAAGUCGAGCCAUUGCCUCCAAUGCUCAGGCUGACAACGAGCAUCUGAGCAGCCUGCUGCAGGAGCUCAGAGAGAGUAACGAGAUGUUGGAGCUGCAGCGCAGCCGCAUGAGAGAGGAGAUCAGGGAGUACAAGCUCCGAGAGGCUCGGUUGCUCCAGGACUACACCGAGCUGGAGGAGGAGAACAUCUCUCUGCAGAAACUGGUGUCAACGCUCAGGCAGAACCAGGUGGAGUAUGAAGGCCUGAAGCAUGAGAUCAAAGUCCUGGAGGAGGAGACCGAGCUCCUGAACAGCCAGCUGCAGGAUGCGCUGCGUCUGAAGGACAUCUCGGACACGCAGCUGGAGGAGGCGCUGGAGUCUCUAAAGAGUGAGCGCGAGCAGAAGAACCACCUGCGCCGGGAGCUGGUCCACCACCUCAGCAUGUGUGACGUGGCGUUCACUGGCAGCGCCCACCUGACGUUCACCUCAGCCCCGCCCAGUGGCACCGCCACCCCGACUACUCUGCUCUCUCCAACCACAGAGGAGCCAACAAGGUGUAAUGGCCACCUCCAGAGUGGGACGGGAGCAGGACCUGCGGCCAGGCCGAACGGAGAGUGCCGAGGCCCGGGGCGGAAGGCGGAGGGAGUGACGACGUCAGACCUCUUCAGUGAAAUGAACCUGACGGAAAUCCAGAAGCUCAGGCAGCACUUAUUGACCGUUGAACGUGAGAAAGUAGCACUGAUGACAAACCUGCAAGAGUCCCAGACUCAGCUCCAGCACACCCAGGGCGCCCUGACCGAACAGUAUGAAAAGACUCUCCGUCUUAGCCAGAAAAUCACUGCCCUCCACCGUCUGCAUCGAAGGACCCUUCUUAACCAAGAAGCCCACAGCAGCGGCACCUCCAAACUGAAUCCUGAGGAGCUCGACAGAGAUAACGAGGAGGCUGAAGAGGAAGGGGAUGCUGAGGACUAUAAGAGUGAGACGCUGACCAAAAGUCAGGUGUUUUCAUUCCAAACACCUGGCCUGGAGAUCAUGCAGUGCAAGUAUCGUGUGGCUGUGACAGAGGUGGUGGAGCUAAAGGCAGAGGUCAAAUGCCUCCGUGAGAGGCUGGCUCAGUGUGGCGAAGGAACUGUGGGGGAGAAGCCACAUCGAAGAGCUGAGCUCCAGAAGCUGGAACUGCAGGUUGCGUCCUUGGAGAAGAGCUGCCGCGAAGGACGCGAGAAGAUUUCUAGUCUGGAGUUGGAGUUGAAAGCAGCUCAGUCGGCAACCAGUGAAAGCCAAGGGGCGUUGAACGCAGCUCAGGACGAGCUGGUGACGCUGAGUGAGGAGCUUGCCCAACUCUACCAUCACGUGUGUUUGUGCAACAACGAAACGCCAAACCGUGUCAUGCUGGACUACUACAGACAGGGCAGAGGGCUUAGGAACGUCAGUGCCAGUCUCAAAGCCAUGUCUUCGGACAACAGCAAAGUUCUCCUCACACCACGCCUUGCAAGGCGGCUGGCCGCUAUUGCCUCGGCGACCUCAACUUCUGGGGAGUCACGGAGCCCCUCUGAGUCUCCAUCCAAAGAGCCCCUGUGUAGGGAGGGUAGAGGGGAGGAGAAGGAGAGGGACAGGGAGGGUCUCCUGGUGCCACCAGAGCAGAGCCUACCAAGCUGCACGCCUCCUUCCCAGUCACCAAGUAUCAGUGCCUCUUCAUCAUCAUCAUCAUCAUCAUCACCUGCCUUGGAGCCACCUGGUGAGCUGCGCAAGGAGCCACUGAACAUCUACAACCUCAAUGCCAUCAUCAGAGACCAGGUGAAGCACCUACAGCGGGCAGUAGACCAGUCUCUGCACCUCUCCAGACAGAGGGCUGCAGCCAGAGAACUGGCCCCUCUGCUGGAUAAGGACAAGGAGAGCUGCAUGGAGGAGAUCCUGAAGCUCAAGUCUUUGCUGAGCACCAAGCGAGAGCAGAUAGCCACUCUUAGACUCGUGCUCAAGGCUAAUAAGCAGACUGCAGAGGUGGCCCUGGCAAACCUUAAGAGUAGGUAUGAGGCGGAGAAGUUCAUGGUGACCGACACCAUGAUGAAGCUGAGGAAUGAGCUGAAGGCACUGAAGGAGGACGCGGCCACUUUCUCCUCUCUGCGAGCCAUGUUCGCUACCAGGUGUGACGAGUAUGUGACCCAACUGGAUGAGAUGCAGAGGCAGUUGGCCGCUGCUGAGGACGAGAAGAAGACUCUGAACUCCCUCCUCCGAAUGGCCAUCCAGCAGAAACUGGCCCUCACCCAGCGUUUGGAGGAUUUAGCUUUUGAUCAAGAGCAGACCCACCGCACCCGUGGGGGAAGGCUGACCCGAAUGAAGACCAGCACCCCCAAAGUAAGUCUCCCAUCCUCGACUUCGGCCUCCGACCUAGUCUACACUUCAGCUUUGGCCCCAGGCAACCUCGCUUUCUCUGGCCUUACUAGUCCCACAUCAGUUGUUCUCGAUGAUUCCACUUUGUCGCUUUGCCCGUCUGUGGUCAGAGCAGCUCUGGCUUCACCUCUUACCUCUCCUACCACACAUAUACCCCCUCGCAGUCCAUCAUUACCAGCCAUCACCUCAUUGGCUGGUGCUGUAGUGCCGGAGAGCCCCCCAUCUCUGGAGGCGCCCUCCACUACCUCGGCGCGGACCCCGCCCCAAACCCCUCUGAGGCUGCCUCACUCCCAGUGGACCCUAGGUGUGCGGACGUUUGUGGUCGACUCCCACAGUUUCAAUGUCAACGUCUCCCCUGCCUUGCCCCGUAGUGUAGGCCUCUCCAGGCACAACAUCUCAGACACACACCCAUCUGCACCAUCCAACACCACCACCACCACCACCACCACCACCACCAGGCCCACCCAGCCAGGAUCUGCCCCCUCUUCUCCAUACCGGUCCCCUCUUCUUGGGCUCAGGCGCUCCACGUGGAGCCCCACACCCCGAACUCGGCCCCUCUCUAGCCUGACACGCUCUCCUGUCCACUACACUCCUUCCUCUUACUCCUCUUCCUCCCACAGCUAUUCCUCUGCAUAUUACAGCUCCUCCACUGCUUUUACGCCCUCCACCUCCUACAACCACACGUCCCACUACACACCCCUGUACCCCAGAUACAGUAGCUCUUACCGGCCCCGGCAUUGAACACUCUUACUUUAAAUCCUUUACUGUAAGCCUUUUUCAGCCUUUAUUGAAAUUGAAAACUCUCAUAAUGCCUCUCUUUUCUUCACCUAAGAGGUUGGGGGCUCACAGAGAGUAAGACACAGUGGUUUCCUGUUUCCCAGUCCCUGUUUCCUGUGCCUAAGCCUUGGCCAAGGGGUUCUGAAUGUUCAGUGACUUUGCUCAGGGAAUUGACAUAAGGAGCACAAGCGCCUUCCUUUUAUUUUAAGACUGCUGAUUGGUCAACUGGAUGGCAUCGAAAAAACGUUUUAAUAGGGGGUUUUAAGUGUUCAGGUUGAGGCCACUCACACAUUGAAAGAGAUUGAAAUAGACACAGAGACAUUCAGAUGAUGGAUGGACAUUUGAAGGACUCUGUCAUAGCUGUGUAUGAGGGUCCUGACACAUUUCAGUAAAUACAGUCAGUGUAACAUCCAAUAUGUUUUAACCAGUAGUGAUUCUCAUAUACUAUGUGUUGUAUUUGGAUGCUUAAAGGUGCAGUGUGAUUCAAAUGAACCAGGUUCCAAGUGUUUAUAGCUAUUGCAAAUGGCCACACUCGAAGGUGGGGUGAACACAACACACACUUUCUGAGAGUUUUAAAGGCAUCUAUGGUGUAAGGCUACAACCACACUACCACAAAACUGAUUUCUAACACCUGAAAACCCCUAUCAUGUGAUCAUUCAGUUACACCGGGUACGUGUAUGCUGGUGUAAACAAGAGGCCGAUUCUAUUCUCUUUCGUUUUUGCUUAGUUAAAGAAAGUAUUGAGAUAAAACAAUGGUGAAAACAAAGAACAAGGAUUUCUAUGCACAGUUGAUGUGUUUUUAAAUGAAAACAGUCGUAGUGUGGAUGUAGCCUUAAACUCUUAAACUGUGGUGGUUGUAGUUGCAAGGAAAAUAUAAAAGAAUUUACCCAAUAUUUUUUCAUGCUGGAGCACAUCUGGACAAUCGCUGCAACCAAGUUGCCAUGUCAUCAUCGUAUCAAAAAGUUGCAGCAACAUUGGACACAAUUCCAGUAUUUGGAAUGGUGUAAGAGAUGUGUGUUGUGAGUCAUUAGUCAGCAAAAAAACUUAUUUGAAGCAUGGUGACUCCUUUAAGUCUUUCAACUUUGUUCGAUUGAUAAUUAUUUACCUUAAAACCCCCACACAGAUGCACACACCCAGGUUAUGAUAUAGUAGCUGUGGGUGAGGAAAGUUGAACUAGUAUUCACCGGGAACUUUGCCAAAGUGCACACUGCUGAAUCCAUCAGUGUACCUCAACGACUGUUCUUCAUUUCCUGUCAGUGGUUGUUGUCAUCAUCAGCUGAACCUUAAGCAAAAUGUCUGUCCAUCUCUUGCACCACCCAGUGGUUUGUUCUAAUAUAGCAAUGUACUUAGCUAUGCAUGUUCACAUUUGGAUGCUCUUAUACUGCAGACUUCCUUCCUCCCCCUUCCACAUGGGAAAUGUACCUGAUGGAGGUGCAGGCUGAAGAGCACUCAAACAUGGCAUCUAACCAGUGUAGGAUCAGCUGAAUGUCAUUGUCUAGUCAUUGUAAAAGGAAGGCAUCUGAAUUGGAGUCAGCUGUGAGUGUGUGUCUCAGUGUGUGUCUCAGUAACUAUGAAAUACACGAGUGAAGUACGUGUUGUUUGACACAGUUAGUAGGAAGGUUGUUUCCCAACACUUCCCAACAAUUUUAUACAUUUUUAAAUAAAAACUACAACAAUAUUCAAAGCUGCUCUCAGUGAUGUCAUCUUUUGGGUCAAUUGCUAUACGUUGCCGUCGUUAACUUUCCUCUCCCUACGUCACGUCAAGCCAUGUUUGGUGAGGUCAGGGCCUUUACGUAUACCAACAACAGAAAGGGCUGUCUCUGUGGAGUGACUCAUGAUUAGAUAAAGUGUUAUCGCUCCUAAUUUAGGCUCAAUCCCAUUUUAUCACUUAGUCUUACCACUCAGUUUUGGGUGUUCUUGUGCAGACAUAGUGUGUCCUGAUUCAUGUUGAGGCAGAGCGGUAGGGGGAGGUUUUAGGGCUAACUAGCCCUUCAAAUGGAGAUGUUCCAGUGGCACAAUUUUUUGGGGGGGGUCAUCUCAAAGCUAACGUUGAUAAGCAUGUUGUGUAGCUUCGCUAACCACAACAAAACCUGUUCGCAGGCUUUUAUACAUAUCAUAAAGUGGUCAGUUAGUAUUUCUAGGCAAAGUUUCCACAUUUUCCAGAUUCCUACAGUCCAUGAUAGCAAUAUAACCACAAUGGCACAUUGUAGCUGGCAAACGCUUAUGUGAUGACGCACAACAUUUUGAGGAAGUGUGUACUUCCUCAAGAACUGUCAGGAAGUUACUGACAGGAGCUUUAUUACUAGCCAGUUAAUUAGGAAAAAAAAAAGUGUAACUAAAUGAUUGAACUGAACUAUUGUGACACACCAUCAUGGCUGACUUCAAUGAGACCAUCACUCUUAACAAUGUAGCACUCUCUUGUGCCUCUGAGGCCAUCCUGCAGAGCUUUGUCCAGCCACACGGAACUGCACCAAACUCAGGGAAUGUGAGACACUUAAUCUGACUUGCAAUGACUUCAAAACCAAACUGGAAUGACCAUAUAAGCGCCACGUCAUAUCUUUCACGCACAUACUGUAUCUUUCGGGGCUAAACUGCGCCAACGGUUUAAGUCGCGCAAACAUCUACAUCCAUUUCUGCCGUUUCUAUCUCACCCAGAGACUGACAUCGGUCUCGUGUGGGUGACCAUUAGAGAGAUGAGAAGUGAUAGUUGUUGUAGUCACACAAGAAAUACAACCAAUACAUCACACCUUCACCCAUCGGCCCUCUUGAAUUUUGACUACACCUUCUUCCAUCUCUUUUAUUUUUUUAUUUUUGGACGUUCAGACAAAAUUUUGGCUACUGUCUCUGCUUCAUUGUACGCUUCUCCAGCUUGUCGCGAAGACGCCUGGGAAUUGAUGUUUAUUACAGUAUUUUGAGGGUCAUCCGCUUUUUUUAUUUCUCUCUUUUUGACAACUUCAUUUGUUAACGGCGAACAGGACGUGAGAAGAAUUUCGACAAAUAAUGAAAUUAAAAAGUGUUUCAGAAACAAUUUACAGACCCUAGCGUUAUUUUUUUGUGGAUGUGUGCCGCUGGUUGUUUCCCACUUUCUAAAAAAGUGGUUGACUCUGUAGUUUUACCUUCUUCUCUGACACGUGGACUCAUUGGACCUCAAAUAUAAUCGGCUCCAUUAGGCUGAUGUGGUUCGUUCAAUGCAUCCUUAUACUCCUGUGUGUGGUUCACUAUCAUUUAGUUCAACAUACUCAAUACCGUAUUCCCUGUGUCUGUGUGUGCCUUACAGUAUACAGUACUGUAUAUAUGUACAUAUGUAUGUAUGUACAGAUAUACACAGUACGCACACAGUGUAGCUUAAUAAGAAAUACUUGCUCUGGUUAUGUUUUUAAGUACUUCCUAUACUUUUCAUUUCCACAUCUGAACCGUAGGCUAAAAUAUUGUAUUUGGAUUUAGUGUGAAAUGCUUCAUUCCGGCUUUGUCUGAUUGAAACUGUAGAUGUUUCUUUCUUUUUGUCUGGUUCGGUCAUACAACACCAUACAGUAGAAUACAGCACUUGCCCCUGUCCCGUUUUGUUAACUUUUUUCCAAUGUAAACAUUUUUUCUCCCUCCAACACUGACCCCUUUAAAUACCACUGGUACCACCUCCUUGUUUUCACAUCUCUGUUGUCUGUUGACAAUGUUGCACCUUUAAAGUCUACAACACAUGUUUUAUAAUAUGCAACAUGGGGCAAAAAGUCAUUUCACAGGCACUUUUAUUUUGUAGAUAUGUGCUUGCCUGCUUAUAUUAUUGAUAUUCUUUUGAUUUUUUUUCUACUUUAUUUAGUCUGCAUCCAAUUUCAAAGUGCAAAUGGCUGGAGCAGUCAUUUGCUGUAUGCUACUGUUUGAACAAUGAUUUCUUUACGGUACCUUUUGAAUGUUUGAGCAUAAACUGUUUUUCGAUGCACUCAGUGUUGGACUGAAUUGUCAUUCACGGAAUUAGAUACCACGUUUCCUCAAAUAAAAACCAGAGGUCAUUAAA